CAAAAUUCGAGGUUAUUGAGACAAGUUUUAUAUUUUUUGCGCAUUUUAUCCAAUGAUAUUGUAUUGUAUUGGCGCGGGUCGUGUAUAGUAUUCGAAAAAGUACAGCUGAAUUGAAAUAAACAGUCUUGUGGCUUAGUAAUAAAACUAUUCACCAGUCGGAAGAUUAAUUCAAUCUUAUCUCGCCUAAUCGGUAUUUAUAUGGUUUAAUCUCAAUAUUUUAAUAGAUAAGCCUUCCAAUAGGUUUUUCUUUUUACUUUGUGGAGUAUUCCACAUGCACCGUGCUAUUAUAUAUUGAUCAGCUGUUUCUACAAGAUUUAAAUCUUAUUAAACAAUGGCAGCGCGAAUUCAUAACAACAUAGUGUACGGGCCCGAGGAGCGCGGCAUUCCUGCACAUUUGUCUUACGGACAACUUAUGUACGAUGGUUUAAAAAAAGGAGGAGAUAAAGUAGCCCAGGUUUGUGCUGAAACAGGUCAAAGCACAACAUUCAGAGAAAUUCUCCAGAAAAGUGUUAAUUUAGCCACAGCGUUGCAGCAGCUGGGACUAAAGAAGGGAGAUGUGGUGGCUCUCAGCAGUGAGAACCGGUUUGAGUUCACAGUGGCGUCGCUGGCCGUCAUGUUCAGUGGAGGAGUGCUCUCUACUCUCAACAUCACAUACUCUCCUGGAGAGAUAACUCACCUUCUAAACAUAGUCAAACCGAAGUACAUAUUCACCUCACCCAUAUCAGCACAGAAUGUACAGGAAUGCAGCAAAGGAUUGAGCUUCGUUGAGAAGAUUAUCCUUUUUGGUGAUUACGAGGUGGUGCCGGCCAUCAUGUACAAUGAGCUGCUGAAGGUGCACGUGGAGAUUGAUGACUUCACGUUGGUGGAUGUGAACGGGGCGGAGGACACCAUGGCCAUCAUGUGCUCGUCGGGCACCACAGGCCUGCCCAAGGGUGUCGAGCUCACCCACGUCAACUUUCUGCUACUCACUGAGCAUUUGAGGUAUUACCUGGAAACGUCCAUGGCUCAGCGGCAGCACAACAUCCAGUCCUUCCUCGCCAUCAUCCCGUGGUUCCACGCGUACGGCUUCAUCACGUCGCUGGGCGUGCUCGCUAUCAACCUGAAGGUCGUGUUCAUGGUGCGAUUCGAGCCUGACCUGUUUUUGGAGACCAUUCAAAACCAUAAGGUGAACAUGGCGACGAUCGUGCCGCCGCUGGCCGUGUUCCUCGCGAAGCACCCGCUGGUGGAGAAGUACGACCUCACGUCGCUCAACGAGGUGUGGUGCGGCGCCGCGCCGCUCUCUACAGAGAUACAGAAAGCCAUCUCGAAGAGAAUAGGAAUCGGGCACGUGCGGCAGGGCUACGGGCUGACGGAGGUGACGAUGGCGUGCUGCGUGGACCUCUCCGCCGCCGGCCAGCCCGGCUCGUGCGGCGCGCCCGCGCCCGGCAUGCAGAUCAAGGUGAUCGACAUAGAGAACGGGCAGCGUCUGCCGGCGCGGCGCGAGGGCGAGCUGUGGAUCAAGUCCCCGUUGCGCAUGAAGGGGUACCGCGGCGACCGCGCGGCCGGCGACGCCCUCGUUGACCCACAAGGGUUCGUCCGGACCGGGGAUAUUGGAUACUAUGAUGAGAACGGAUACUUCUACAUCGUGGAUCGGCUGAAGGAACUCAUCAAGUAUCAUGGUUUUCAGGUGGCGCCAGCCGAGCUGGAAUCCCUCCUCAUCCAGCACCCGCUGGUGGCGGAGUGCGGCGUGGUGGGCGCCCCGCACGAGGCGGCCGGCGAGCUGCCCACCGCCUUCGUGGUGCCGCAGCCCGGUGCCAACCCCAGUGAGCAGGAGCUGGUGGACUUUAUUGCGGAGAAGGUAUCGCCGGCAAAGCGACUACGAGGCGGCGUCAUAUUUGUAGAAGAAAUACCAAAGAAUCCAUCCGGAAAGAUCCUCAGACGAGAAUUGAAGAAGCUACUACUGACCAAGCUGAAGAGCAAACUAUAACAGUGACCUUUUAUUAUAUUACUAGUCAAUUCCCCCCUUAUUCUUAGAUAGAUGAUUCUAUCGGUCUGGUACCGAUCUGGAUAAUGUACCUUCUGAGAUUAAAGGCUACGCUUAGUUAUUUUUUCCUA